AUGUCAGACAACCCCGCUGAGAGAUCCGAAGGCACUGCCGGGAAGCGCAAGGCCGAUGAGCCAAUCGCCCCAGAGGCAACCAAGCGCUCAGUCGGGUCGAGCUCAUCCACCAAGCCCGAGGAUCUGGAGGACGACAGUGAACAGGAGGAUGAUGACCUCGAUGAAGAUUUGGAUUUUCUGGAAACCUCCAACAUCAUUCACACAGGCCGCAGGACCCGCGGCGUCAAGAUCGACUACUCAAAAGUCUCACAGGAGGAUCUGGACGACGAUGAAGAGGACGACGAAGGAGAGGACGCUGUUGUUGCACCAGACGCCGUAGACGACGAGGAGGAGGAUGAUGAGGAUGACGAAGAGGAGGAGGAAGAUGCAGUGGAACAGGCUGAGGCUCAAAAGGGUGCAUCGGCAUCUUCAGGAGCGGCAGCAGCUGGUUUGUCUUCCUCCUCUUCUGGAUCUGGAUCUGGAUCUGGAUCAUCAGCAUCAGGAGCUGCCGACACGGAGUCCGUAUAA